UCUCCGCCUGAACUGAGCAUCUCCUAUAACCAUACCUCCCCCACCGCAGCAUCACUAGUCACCACCGAGUCUCUCCAUUCCUCCUACAACACACACCGAGUCAUCUUCUUGCAUUUUUCGACAAAAAGUCAUCACCUUUUUAGCACGGAAUGUUCUCCAAGGAAAGUAUUCUCCUUAGUCUCAAGGUUACUGGAGCGGCCACUAAGAGUUGUGACUUUGGUCGGAUGCUUGAAGUCAAGGGUAAAAUGUUACAACGUGAGUUGUUGGAAGAACUCUUGAGGAGCUUUAAUCUGAAAGAGAGCACAAUUCAAGCGCAUGGGUUGAAGGUGAAGAUUUCGGCAAAAUAUUUUGAGCGAAUAAUGGGUGUACCAGAGGGUGGUACUAAUAUCGUCUUGGAUGGUGAAGAAGUGGGAGGG